AUGAAAUCUUCGUUGUUUGGCAAAACAUUUGUACUUGAACUUGGUCCUGAUAUUCGAUUUAAAGAAAAAAAUUUAUUAAUUAAAUAUCUACGUGAACAAAAUGCUAAUAUUUCAUAUACGCUAACAGCUCGUACUGAUUACGUGUUAGUAAAAAAUGAUAUUGAUACAUAUAAAACACGACGAGCAAGACAAUUAGGAAUCUUAUUGUUAAAUGUUGAAUAUAUUUAUGAAUAUCAGCGUCAUCCAGACAAAAUAAUUGAUCCAAAUUUGUAUCUGAUCACAUCGGCUGAAAAUAAAGAAAAUUUUAAAAGUGGAAAAAUAUCGCUUGAAGGUAGUAAAAACAGAUGUAUUAUAGAAAAUCAAAAGCAUUUCUUUCUUUUAUCUAUAUGAGAAGAAGGACUUAAAUAGGCAUUCAACAAUCCCAAGCUAGAUCGCUGCUGAUCGGCAUCGAACGGUUUGUUACCGAACAUGUUCGCUGCCGAUCCGCGAGCCCUAGCUUGCAAUAGUUGCAUACCUAAUCUGGACUAAAGACAAAUGGAAUGAAACGUAGGUUUUUGAAGGAACUACCAGUGAGAAGAUAGAUUAACUAAAGGACAAUGUAAGUGAAUGUGCGUUAUAUCGGAUCGCUACCGAACACGUUCACGGUUUAAAAGAAAUAGUUUGUCAAAGCUAAGAACAUGAAAGCGAAGGAACACAUGAAAGAAAUAUUUGUAAAACAGCAAACAUGGUGAAGCUUACACCAAACGAAGGAGCCGCCAUGAUUACGCCGUAGCCGUAGGUAGUCAUGUAAAGAACAGGUUGAAUUAGAACCGCAACUUUAUGUUUGCUUUAUUCCAGGAAGUUGAAAGUACCUUUAGUUUCCAUUAUAUCUGAUUUACUCUCUAACUGAAGGAUACUUAACUAAUAUGGCUUCUGUAGCAGAUCGAUUUACUUUGUUUUUAUACAAAAAUGCUUUUCCUCACUGUGCCAAUAAAGUAGACAAAAAGUUGCAGCCCUACAUUCUAAAAAAAAGUCCUAUAGAAAAAUCCUAUAGGAUUUCUAUUUUUUUCGUUCUGUAUAUGUUUUAUUUCUGUUUCUAUACGAGAACACAAUCACCGACGUAUUUUGGAGUAACUCUAAUACAAAUAUAACUCUACUCUAGAAAAUGAAAGAUUCUUUUAGGCUCAAAUUGCAUCGAAACUCGCUACUGUUCAACGACGUGUGGAUCAGUACUCACAAGUCUUGGGCUUAUCCUAGCUCAGAAUCACCUGAUUUUGGGUGGCUGGGAUCAGAGAAUAAUCAAACAAAUAAAAAUAAUAAACC